GGUUGUUUAGGAUCUUUAAAUGGCUUGUGUUAGUCAGAUGUCAAUGUCUCUGAUAUUGAAAUUUGAUGACAAGAAUUCAGUAGAAAUUGUGUGUGCACUUCUUUUCUUAUGGAACUAAUCAUUGGAGAUGAAAGGACUGAUUUCUUUCGACAGUUAAGAAUGGAAUCCUUAACAUCCCACCUUCCUAAGGUGGAUGACAAGGCUCUUGAGUUUGAUGUGAACAUUCAGGAUGGCCAGUUUAACCACGAGGGGCGAUAUUUCAUACGACUGUCUAUCCAGAGCCUUCACACUAAAGACUACAGUGGAAUACAGAUCCGUAAAGGACCAAAGGCUCCUUACAGGUACGAGAAUGAAGUGGAAACUGACGUGGUGACACAGCCGGAGUCUGCAGUCCUAUGUCGAUUUCAGGACAAGCAGUUUACGUUCAGGCUCCCAGUCGGAUUUUGUAAGAAUGACAAGAAUCAUGACCUGUAUUUGCUGGUGGAGGCUUUCAAUCUACCGAGUAAUGGUGGCAUGGGCAAGAAGGUCGGGGAGGGUAAAUUUGCGAUCUACCCGAGGUCGAAUGCCCCGAGGAUUAAAGCUAAUGUGGAACCAGGGGAAGAUUUCUACAAUUUCACAGAUGUCCUGUCCCUCUUGAGGACAGUCAGCACUGACAGUGUACAGAUGCAUUGUGGGAGGAUUCGCAGUGUUUAUGCAUUGAGAGAAGUGGUUGUCCCAAAACCAAAGUCGCCACUAAAAACACCACCUAAGAAAACUGUAAAGAGACAGACUCCUCCACCCAGACCAAAAGCCCCUCCCUCCCCCACGAGCUCAUGGGGAGGGGACAAUGUCUCCAUUCUGCAGCCUGCCUCGCCACCCUUCCCUCCUCUCUCUGAUGGUAAAAUGGUAAUGGAGGAUCCAUUGAAGGACAAAGAUAGACAGACGUACAAGAUCCAGCCCUCGUACCGACACGUGUCAGGGUUCGGUCAGGAACAGAUCGAUGUCCUCCUCCACGGAGCUUCCAGUCUCCCCAACACCGACGACGGAACAACACCUCAGGCUUUUGUCAUUGUGAAGAAGAAAUCGGAUGAAGACCAGACGGGAGCUGUGACCCAUGCUUCCCUGCGGCCGACAAGCUCCCCAUCAUGGGAGGAAAUGAUAACAACUACCAUGGACUCCUCUGAAGCUAGAGAUGGCUUCCUUGUGCUGUCGGUGGCAGAUGCAGCCUCUAAACAGGAACUGGUGGACUACCAGAUCCCGGUCAAUUCACUACAGCCAUUCCACCAGUACCAUCUGGAACUUGUCAAGCCAAAGAGGGGAGUUCUGAACGGAGUGCGGGUGUUUGCUACAAUAACCCGAAAACUGCCCCAGCUUCCUAAAGACGCAUCAUCACCAAACUAUCUGGGACUAGAGGUUUUACUUCAAGCUGUACAGAAGCCGUUACAGACCUCCAUGGGUCCACUUAUUGCUGUAGCAAGAAUAGUUCCUGAUUUCUACAAUUACAAGAGUAACUACUUGAUCUCCCACCCCCGAGCUGCUGGGGUGAGCAUGGCCAGUGUAUCUUUUCCUUCACCCCACCCAGCCUCCUUCAGCGUCCCCCCAGGAACUAAGCAUGGUUAUCCUCAGAUAAGCCUGCCUGGUAAGCCUGAUGUACAGCCAGAGUGGAACCACCCCUACCUGUUUUGUGAUGAGAGGGACAAGGCCACACUGUUCACACCAUCAGCAGCACUGGUCAUCGAGUACUACUAUCAGGACACAGCGAUGACAGACGAGUUUUGGAGGAUGAAAAGUCCAAUGGGAUUUUCGGCUUUACAGCUUGACAAAGAUUUGUACAAGGAGCUGAUUAAGGAGAAUGCAAUUAAAGGCUUGAGAGUAGACAACUUACCUGUACAGGUUUUUAAGGACUACCCCAGAGGUACAGAAAUUGUGACAAUUGAUGGUAGAGAACCCACAGUUGGCCUCAUUCUAAAGCUGAUCACUACCAAUGAGCCAAAUGCUAUGGUGAAGGCAGACAACCUAGAAUUACUUCCUGCGCUGGAUUUGUUCCCGGAGCCUAGUGCCGGAUACUAUCGCACUGCAGACGGCAGAAGUGACAACAAAUCACCAGAGGUUCUGAAGGUCAACUUCGCUGACACAACAUCCUGGGACUCCAUACCGACAGAGAGACUGGACUCUCCACCAGCACAGCCUGGGUACUACCUACAGAAAAAGUACAAGAAACCCAUGUCUCCUAAUUGUUUGUUCCAAGUCUAUUCAUUGUCAGGUUUACAGCCGAUUAAAGAUGGGGACCUGCCACCUUAUGAAGCCAUGGAGUCCAUAUUGCCGGACUAUCAGUACAUCUUUGUGGAUCCAGACAAUAAGUCUGGACGUCCACCACAGAGACCACCAGCCGCCACUCAGAUGCCAGGGGGACCCUCAACCAGUCGUCAGCCUGCAGAUCUUGACCAGACUUCAAUAAACGUGCUUGACCACCAGAUGAAGGAACUGGAGAAUUAUCGAGCUGCUGUUCAACGCAUGGGUCAGGACAUCUUGGCUCUGCGCCAACAGAUCCGUGAGCUUGAGACCAAUAACAGUCAGCUCCGUCGAGAUCUGGCUAAUUACAAUGAUGCUAGUAAACUAAUGAUUGAAUCAUCGGAACUUGACAACCUCACCAAACCUGAGGUCAUGUCCAGAUAUGCCAUCUUGAAACAAACUCUAGUAGUAAACAGUAAUGAUCUCAAAAGCUACAAAGUAAGAGUUCAGCGACUGCAGAAUGAACUAAUCAAAAAAAAUGACCAGGAGAAGAGGUAUAUAAAGAUUGCCCAGAACCACAAGCAGCACACAGAGGUGGUCACCAAGCUGCAGGAGAAACUGAAGAAGAUGAGAACGGUGGAGGAGGCUUGCAAGAAACAGGAAAAGGUCAUCGAGAAAAUGGAGAGGAUCCUGGAGAAGCAGCACAAGGACAGAAGCAAAAAAUCAUCAGGUGCAGCGGAAGAGGCCAAUGAAGCUUUACUGGAGGAAAACAAGCGGCUGCGACAACAGGCAGACGACUUACGGGACCAGCUGAGAUUAAAUAACAAGGGGUCCGAUUCUGACACAGAUAAACUGGAGCUUUACCAGGCCCUCGAGAAAGCGGAGGCUAGGAUACAGUCACUAGAAAGACAGCUUGCUGAGAAUUCCAGAAGUUGGGGCAAGGAGAGAGCAGACAUGUCGUUACGGUUAAAUGAAGCAGAACAUGGUUUUGGUCGAUCGGGUGGAAUGGUUCUACACGAUUACCCGGUCUAUAAUGACAAACUUGCAAGGAACAGUCCUCGUCGAUUAUCUCCACUUUACCGUUGACACGCUUCAGUGACCUCACCUGGUGCUUAAAACACGGUUGCUGUAAGCAGCUAGUCUGAUUGACAGAUGUCACUCGUACAUAUAGUGUAUUUCAGUCACACCCCCAACGGGACCACCUUCGUAUCCAACAGAGCAAACAUCAACUUUACUGCCCUAAUUUUAUGAAUGUUGGGAGAAUUUUAAAAAUAUUUACUAAUCUGCACUUUUUAUAUUGACAAGUGAAUGAAUGUAUGCCAGUUUCUGUGUUAUUUGUAAACUGAAAGCUUAGAUGUUGAUAUUUUCACAACAUUCAUAGUUAAAGUAUCCAUGGUAACUAAUGAACUGUCUAAUCAUACUUCAUUGUAAUACUAUGAUGCUUAACUGUAAGUUCGAACAUCCUCCCAAAAUAUUUAUGUUGUGAUAGCGGAUCAGAUUCUACUAUGAAGCUUUCCGUCCCUUGUAAAUGUUGUAAAUUUUUACAUUGUUAUCACUUCAAUUAUUUAUGCAUUAUUGUUAGAGACAAUGUAUUUUGUUGGAAAUAAAUUAUUGAGUUAGUUGCAAUAUU